GCUGGUCUUCGGACUGCAGUCUGAUUGACGACAUGUUUGUGACGUCCAACAAGACUCCGCAGAAGGACAACAAGGGCCGCUAUUAUGUGUGCGACAAGACUUGCUGUGCCGUUGCCGUCCACAAGAAGGGCACAGACGACAUUACCGAAAGCAAGCUGUCGAUCUGGGCAAACAACGCCAAUAUUCACUGCAAUGGGCCCAAUCUUCAAACUUGGAGGAGUGGAGUGGAACAGGACUGGAAGGCAGCCGACAGCGACGGAGAAUACAAGAUGUGCCUCUGCAAUAAUGGCAGCAUGGGCUCUUGCUGAUUCAGCCUGCUCUCUGUAAUUUCUCACUACGUCACUUUCUCUUUGUUUCUAUGAUAGACUACUGCUGUCGUUGCCGCGGAGCCAAUGUUCCUCAAGCCUGGACCUCUCCAAAGUGAGACGGAGCAAAACUGGACGGGCGUCUCGCCCGAUUUCCCGUUCUGCAUCCCCCGUGAGCUGCGCGCUGGAUCGCCCUACCUUUUCUUGUCGCGGUGAUAUUUCCGGCCCGAAAAUUUACACGUGGACAGAUCAGAAAAAGGGGAAG